CUUAUCAGUUUUAUCGUCGGUUCGAAUUCGUAAUUUUUUAAAAAAUUUUCAAUUCGUUUGAUCUCGUUAAAAAACUACCCUUAUUUGUAAAUAAUGAAAUUAUUUUAAUUAUUUAUAACCCCAGUCAUGACAUCUGUAAAUAAACCUACCCUCAACUUGGCUGUAGCCUUCAACGCAUUCCGAAAUUUAAGGCAAACUACCUCUGCUUUGGGGAUAUCGCCUGCUCACAAGAUCGCAGCUGUAUCAGUCACUGUCAGCGUAAUUUUACUCGGCGUUCUAGCACAAUAUUUACGUAAGAAGAAGCGCACAACAAACGAAUCUAGAAAAUCAAUCAAACGACCUAUGCUGAAUUCGGCAGCUAUCAGAGAAUGUCAAGCUAACGACGAAGCCUCUUCUAGACCCCGCAGUCCUAGUAUUCGUUCGAUUCGACGUCAAGGAUCAGUCCUCUCAGGUGUUUCAUCAGCUUCGGAAUUUGGACGACCAGAUUUCAGGAAAAAUUUAUCUCUAGAACCCACCGAUUCAUUUACUCCUCAACAACUCGGAGUUAUGGGAAUGGAAGCUUUGGAAAUGAGCAUCACGUAUUGGGAAGAUGCCAUGUCAGCGUAUGCGCGAAAUAACGCCACCGAUUCAUUGGCAAUAACUAACGAAGAAGAAUCCGAAUUCUGCAAAGAACUUCAGAGGUUGUUGGACUCGGCGUAUAAACUCCAAGACGAAUGCGAGUUGCUUUUCCUGGAUCAGAGAUCUGUCCUAUUCCGGCCUGGCGGCUCGACUAGGUUUGAUUCGGAAUGCGAAGGCGGCCGCAGUGAGUUUUCACCCGCUGAGUCGUUUGUUUCCGCUCAAGAUGACGGGUGGCAGAUGGCAGAUUUACGAGAAUUCGACGAAUUCGCCGAUUUAAACGUGAAUGUCGAAGAAUUAUCGUUAUAUCAAUCAGCUCUGAAACAUCUCGAAGAAAAUGGUAUUCCAUGCAGAUGCUUGAGGACGGAAUUGCUGAGAUGUAGUUCGGAUGUUGAAUAUUUAUGUAAGCUGCACUGUAUUCGAAUUGCUUUCCAGUGGUUAAUGCGAGACGAAUCGAAAAGAACAUGGAUAGCGAAUACUGGAAGACAAAUAUUAACUGAUCUUUUACUUUACGCUAAUAAAGAUCCGAAAGAAUUUUUAAUAGCUUACGAAGAAAUGCUAACAUUCCUAUCGGACGAAAAAUGUUGGGAAGAGAUUGAAAAAGAACUCACAGCUAGAGGGGUCAAAGCGAUGACUUUUUACGAUAUAGUACUCGACUACAUAUUACUGGACGCUUUUGAAGACUUAGACACUCCGCCAUCAUCAGUAUUAGCCGUCGUGCAGAACAGGUGGUUAUCGAACGGAUUUAAAGAAUCGGCGCUGGCCACCGCCGUUUGGUCUGUGUUGAGAGCCAAGAAACGUAUGCUCAAGUUUCCCAAUGGUUUCAUGGCGCAUUUUUAUUCAAUAUCCGAGAAGAUAUCACCUCUAAUGGCGUGGGGAUUUUUAGGACCUGAUGAAGAUUUGAAAGAGACUUGCGUUUAUUUUAAAGAACAAGUUAUGAGCUUCCUUAAUGACAUAUUCAGCUUUCGUUGUUGUCGUUACACAUCAGUAGAAGAUUUAGCCGAAGAUAUCAUGAAACAAAUCACCGCUAGGAUCGAUAACACGAUAACUAAAUUAACAGAGAAAAGUGCUCUGAAUUUAAUUUAAUUCAAAUUCUAAAUAAUAAUUAAAAAUUCCAGCGGGAAGUUCCUAUCGACUAGAAAAUCAACGAAAUUAGGUAUCAAAAAAACGGACAAACAAUUCUAGUCUUAGUGAUACGUAUUCGUAAAUGGAUUUUUUUAGUUUAUUGUACGUAAUUCAUAAGUUCGUGUUGUCAGUGAUUCUUCGUUUGUUUGUAAAAAUGUAUAGUUCCAUUAUGUACAAUUUUUCUUUUUUUUAUGUGGUUGUUAUUAUAAUUUAUUUUUUAUUAAAGUCGACGGUAUUCUCUUCGGUUAUAUCAGCUGCUGAAGUUCGUUGACUUGAUUUUUCAAGUGAUGCAGAGAGGAUAGACUUUCUUCAAUUGAUUCUUGUUGGUAGCCGAGAUGUGUUACGAUAAGGGGGAAUUUUUUUAUGUUCUGUAAAUAUACGAUAGAUUUUUUAAAUUAACAAAA